AUGCGGGGGGAGGGGAAGGCAACAAAAGAAGAGGAAGAACUUACUGCAGAGGAAAAGAGGAAAUGGGAAAGAAAAUUAAAAAAAGAGCGGAAGAAGAAGGAAAAACAGCUGAUGAGGGAAGCUGGAAUCUCUACCAAAAAGGUGGAGCCCAAAAAGCCGUCAGGAUCUGAGCGGGCUCUGGCCUAUUUAACCAGCUGGUCGGAAAACCCAGAAGAAUGGAAGUUUCAGAAGACAAGACAAACCUGGCUUCUCUUGCACAUGUAUGAUAAAGAGAAGGUUCCAGACAAGUAUUUCGCCAUUUUACUGGAUUAUCUGCAAGGGCUUCAAGGCAGUGCGCGGGACAUAACUGUGCAGAAAGCUGAAGCCUUUAUGAAGGAAUUUGAUGGUUCUGACACAGAAGACCCAAACCUGUUGGAGAAGUGCGAGCGCAUACGACAAGUUCUGCAACUGCUGUCCUGA